AUGGACCCUACGGAUGAAUUUCGUCUACAGUUCUCUCUCCAGGAGACAGAUAUCAAAGAUGAGAUUGCCCUCUUACCGUCCAAGUCCCAAGAGGAGUACGAGGGUGCAAAGGAGACCAUUCUCGCCAAACGAAACAAGCUGCAGGGCAUGACAAAUGAUUUCUUCGCUGACCACAAGAACGACUUUGUCAAGAAACAGCGGGUGGAAGACCUCGCUCGUCUACGGCAGGCCUUCGAAGCGGCCGUAGAGCUGCGCCGGUCCAAACUCGAACAGGAUGCGAAACCGUCGAGAUUCAAGUUCAGGCCAAAGACCAAACAUGUCGACAUGGGUGCUGUCCAGAAUGACCCGCGAUACAACCCAGGCGUUCAGCCCACGAGCCAGGCCAGAGUCACAGCACUGAGAUCACAGGAGCAACCAGGCCAUGCAAUCAGUACCCCAGGCAAGGACUACAAUCAGGAAAUGGCGCAGCCCAGCGAUUCGCAAGUUCGGAAACCAAGUUUUUCUACCGUUGACACCAUUGAGAUAUCGAAGCAAAAAGGUUUGCACAUUAUCCUCCCUCUCUCAGCAUCGCGCGCCACUGCUGCCGGGAGUCUUCAGGAUCUGGAGGGCUGCAUUGUCGAUAUGUCUGUUCCUACCAACGGCGCCCCAUUGCCGAGCCUAGCCUUGAAGAACAUAUCUGGCAGUUUGGUCAUUGCAGGGCGCGUGUCCAGCUCGGUGCAUAUCACAAACGUCAAGGACAGCAUCGUUGUAUUGACGGCGCAACAAGCGAGAAUCCAUGACUGCAAAAAUGUGCGAAUCUAUCUUUUCUGCGCGAGCGAUCCUGUCAUUGAGAGCUGCUCUGAAAUGCGGUUCGCCCCGUUGCCUACCAUCUAUGCGAAUGACACACCCAAAGGUACAACCAACCGAUGGGAUCGCAUUGAAGACUUUAGCUGGCGCAAGGGCGGGGAGAAUCCAAAUUGGACGGUGAUCCCGGAGAACCAGAGGCUGGAGGAUACUGUAUGGGCUGGAGUCAUGCACGGCCGACCAGGCGCCAGUCUCGAGGAGACCUUGGCAAGUGUUGGCCUCCGUUGA